GCCUCCUCGUGUCAGGAUUGGAUAAUUUGCGCGCGUGCUGCCUCCCUUGGAUGGGGUAGCCGUUUCAUGCCGAAACAGUUCACCGCCGGCAAGCCCACCUUUUCAGGCGUCAUGGGGUAGCGGGGAACCUGGUUCUUGGCCUGGUCAAGGGAUUUGGUACUAGUUUAUCUAGGUUUUUAGUUUCCUCUUCGGCGGCGUGGAGGUUUGGGCGACUUUGCCGAAGAUUGGGAAUAAAGUGCUCCCUGCUCCGUCCCGGCUUUGGCAACAGUCGCCGUGCUGCUACCAAGGAGCGGGUGGAGAUUUUAGAGCAUCCGCAGUCCGUUCCUUCGGUGUUACGCGGUGGGGUCGGCUUGAUGCUCGCCAAUGAUUUUGGCUUGGGUUGUCAGGGUUGCGGUCGAGUGGCGGCAAGAUCCGGCCAUCUUGGAAGAGGUGGCGUCGUGUCAGACCCGGAUUUGGAGUUGAAGGAGCCUCGGGAGCUGUUUCGGCAUGAAACAUGCCUCCGGCUGAUUCAUCUCAUAGGUUUGAUUCCUGCUCUUUUGAGUGGGUGUGUAUUGCGGCUCACUAAACCUUUCAAGCGAGGGGCUUCAUCAGCUCCGUGGGAUGAGAUCGACUUUGUCUCGGUCUUCUCCGGCGGUGUUUCUCCUGCUACCGUCGGCAAAGGCCACCAACAACCGGCGACUUCUGCGAGGAAGAAGAAGACCAGGGUCUUGUUUGUUUUUUCCUUUGUGUUAAGGUCUUCUUUGCAAAUUAGUGGGGACAGCUGUCCAGACUGUAUCCUUUUCGUAUGUGUGUAUUUGUCCCGGUACUUGUCUCUUCUUCCUACUCGUAUGAAUACAGAUAAGUGUAUGCCUUUGGGUGUACACCUUCAAAAAAAAAGUCUUGGGUAAACUGGCGCAGUCCCGUGCGCAGCUGAAGCGAAGCCGGCUGACGCGGCAUUAGCACCGGCUGACACGCGUACAGCCAGCAGCCCACGCAUCUCGCUGGCUCUCUUCUCCCUUCGCCAAUCCAAUCCAUCCCCAUCCCUUUGCUCAAAAAAAAGAACAUCCCUAUCCCCAAGUCCCAACUCAAAGCCCACGAAGCGCAACCCCCAAAUCGCCACUGUUCCUCGCCUCUCCGGCGAAGCAGGCGCUUCGAGGAAUCAGAGAUAUGGCGGACAUCGAUGAGGUCGAUGCCUCGGCUGAUGAAGUUGAAUCGCCGCUCUUCCUCGCCUCUCCUGAUGUACGGCUGCAGGCGCUUCGAGGAAUCAGAGAUAUGGCGGACAUCGAUGAGGUCGAUGCCUCGGCUGAUGAAGUUGCCGGAGAUGCGACCUCCAAAUCGCCGCUCUUCCUCGCCUCUCCUGCUGUACGGCUGCAGGCUCUCGGUGCAGUUGGGGAGAUGGAGCUGAACGACGAGGUUGAUGCCGCUGCUCACCGAGUUGAGGGCUUAUCUCUCUCGCGCACCUCGGCGGAAACCGCGUCGACUCGGAUCUCCGUGUCGAGCGUGCUGGACAACGACGACAUUCUCCGCGAGAUCCUACUUCGCCUUCGGUUUUCCAUCUGCCUCGUCCGCGCCGCUCUCGUCUGCAAGGGCUGGCUACUGAUCAUCUCCGACCCAGACUUCCUCCACCACUUCCACAACCUCCACCCGCCCACCCUCCUGGGAUUUUACCUGGUCGCUGACCGCCUUCUACAGCCUCGAUUUGUCAGCGUCGAGGACCACCCACCAGAGCUCGGUCUCAUCCUUGGACGAGCAAGUACCUACUUCGAUACAUGGGUGGACGUGCCAGUCACCAUAUGGGACUGUCGCAACGGCCAACUCCUCAUCGAUGUGUUCGACAAAUUGGCUGUUCAGAGUCCUCUGAAUCCUAGAUAUGGCAUUGCCAUAUACCCUCAAAGCCCUCUGAAGGUAUGCCUGGAUCCUGCGUUCAGGUAUAACGUGCUAGAAUUUUGCCAGAAAAUGGAGGCAGAGGGGUGUACUAUCGUUUAGCAAUAGGAUAUAAGGAUGAUAGCAUCGUAGCGUCUCUAUUUCUUCUGGAAAGAGGAAUUUGGGAAGUCAAUACAUCUUAAUUGACCAACCUACCAGUUCCCUUGGAAGCUCCGGAUUUUUUGGUGCCAUAUGGUGUUCUGAUCCAUGGGAGGAUGUUCCUGAUGACCAAUGCCAAUAUAAUCCUAAUACUAGAUGUGAGUCCUUGUGUCUAACUUUAGUGGAUCUUGUUGAUGAAAUGAAGGUGCCAACUUGUGAUGUUUUCGACAUUUCUGAAGCUGAGUCAGAAAACGAAUUCUGUCUUCUAUGUUUGCACCAAAGUGUUCUUAGGAUCUGGUGUCAUAAUAUGCAGAGCAGUGUUUGGCACUUUGCUGCUUCAAUUGAUUUGCAUGAGGUAUUUCAAAGAUCCAGCACUCUUGGAUCUGAUGUCUCACUCAGUGAUUUUGGCCUAUAUGGAGCACUGAACUCUAAGCUGAUACUUGUUUCGGCAAAUGACUGUGUGUGCCUCUUCAACGUCAAGGAAAAUACAGCCACAAAGGUGUGUCAGAUUUCAGCAGAAGAUGGCAAUCUUCUUAGGAUUUUCCCAUGUAUGAUGAUAUGGCCACCAGCAUUUCCCUCAGAAUUGAUCAGACAUGUGCAGCUGGAAAGACAGUUACUAUUGGAAGUGAUAGGUGCUGAUGGUCAGUCAAGCAGGCGAAACAAUAUCAACAUGUUCUCACCCUUGGUAGCUUUUAAAGUCAACGAUAUUUCACAGAAAGAAAAUGUCCAAAGGUCAACUGCUUCUGUGGGAGAUUUUGGUGUCAUAAUAUCAGAUAAAAGGCUUGGACUUCAACAACUGUCGGAUUCGGUGGAGAUGGAGAGUCCAAAUGAUGUGUUGAUUCAUCAGUCAUGCAACGUUGUCAGGUUUCCUGGGAUGCUCGAAUUGCUGCACGAUGUGCUGGGCUAAGUGCUCUUUGUUCGUACCAACCCCCUAUCCGAAGGAAGUAGCGUCGACUUGCAUACUUGCUGUAAAGCAUCACAUAUAGACGUAGAACGAAUAAAUACUUGCUGUUUCGUUUGAAGCUUGCACAUGAACAAAUUUUGUUACACAUGUGUGAUUCUGCUAACUUGUAACUACCCUUGGAGAAUCUGUACUGUACUAAAAAUGAUAUUCUACUAUGCCUACAUCCCAAAGAA